AUCACCAUGUCCAUCUCUAUAAUGAGAGUGAAAAUAUUCAACUGCAAUCUGAAAAAUAAAACCUAAAAUCUUAAUCACCUUUGAUCAUCAAUUUCGCUCUCAAAUCGCAGUGAUCGGAAAUUCCAAAAUGACUUAUCACAGCGUGCCGCAGGGACCACACCAUCCUCCACCAGGGCACGCCCCCCCACACCAUCCGCCUCCACAUCAUCACGACGCACCGCACCAUCCUCCACCAGGGCACGGACCCCCUCACCAUCCGUCUCCGCCGCCCCCUGGGCCAGGACCUUACCAAGGAUACUUCAAUCCUGGCCACGCUCCCCAUCAGCCUCCGCCUUCUCACCACCAUCACGAUGAUCAUCAUCACUCUGAUUCUGCCUGCUUUUCCUUCCUUCAAGGCUGCUUAUCUGCGCUUUGUUGCUGCUGCAUAUGGAGACAGUGUUGCCGCUGCUGUUUCUGAGUGUACAAGCGUGCCUAUUUGAUGUCUUUGGUUUGCACCUUAUAUCAGUAUCAGUUAGCUGGUGCAGAUCUGGUGAACCCGAGACCUAUUGUAGACUACAAUGAUAGUAUUUGUAUGAAUAAGCUCUUUACUACCCUUGUAGUAUAGUCACGAGUAAAACCUAAGCUUACUAGACUAUAUUGUAGUAACCCUUUGUUGUACUUGUAUUUGUAUCUCCUAGUGAAGAAAUUAUUCUACUCUUUGUUGUA